UAUGAAAAUGUUGAAAUCUUGUCUACAUUGUAAUGGAAACAUGUAAAAAAAAAAUAAAAAAAAUAAAUGUGAUUAUGCAUAUCAAGUAAUAAAAAAAGAUCAGAUUAUGUCAUCUUUUUUAUUUGGAAUUACCAUAAUUUUAUUAGAGAUAUGGAAAAAAAUUCAGCAGGGAGGAUGGAAAAUACAUUCACUUUGAUUUCUUUCCUCCAGAAGCUAAUGCAGAUCAUCAUCUUAUAAGUAGCUUUGCAGUUUCUGUUAGAUCAAUUCACAAAUUGUUUUCUCUUGUUCAGUCUUCUCAAUCUUUCAUUUUUCUCAGACAUACAAUGGUAAGGAUUGAGCAGUAAUAUAUCUGUGAAGCGUUAAUCAUCAUUUGAAAUCAAAUUCUUUUCAUUUUGCAGGAUUCAUUUGCCAUUGUCUGUGUUUUGAGCCUAGUCUCAUCAAUGUUCAUCGUCGUUUCGAGUAAAAAUUACAAUGUUCUAAGUUAUGGGGCAGUUGGCAAUGGCAAUAAUGAUGACACACAGGCAUUUAUCAAGGCAUGGACAGACACAUGUAAGGAUUCAGACAGACCUGUUAUGUUAAUUCCCAAGGGAAAGACAUUCUUGGUGCAUCCUGUAACAUUUGCAGGUCCUUGCAAAUCUAGCCAAGUCGACGUUCAGUUAUCAGGAAAUGUUAUAGCCCCUAAUGAUCCUAAUGCCUGGAAGGGCUUAGAUUUUGGAAAAUGGUUAACUUUUCAAUAUGUAGAUGGGCUCACAGUAUCUGGCGAUGGCUUGCUAGAUGGACGUGGAAAGGGCUGGUGGGAUAUUUCUUGCAAAUACAAUCCUGGAAAGGGUUGCAACAAACUUGCUCCAUCGAUACUCAGAUUUGAAAACUGUAACAAUGUUAAAACGACAAGAAUUAGAACUGUACAAAGUGGCGGAGUUCAUCUUGUCUACUUUGGCUGCCAAGGUGUGGAAGUAACAUCAGUGAACAUAAACGCACCUGACGAAAGCCCCAACACAGAUGGCAUCCGCCUUUCACACUCGACUUCUGUGUCCAUCACUGACUCGAUUAUCGGCACCGGAGAUGAUUGCAUUGCCAUGCUGGAUCGCUCAUACAACAUUUCCAUCACUCGUGUUAACUGUGGACCUGGUCAUGGAAUAAGCAUUGGAAGCUUAGGAGGUAAUGGAGACGAGGUAGACUUGGAGAACAUAACUAUAAGUCAUAUAAAUUUCUACAACACAACCAAUGGGGCAAGGAUCAAGACUUGGCCGGCUGGGAAAGGCCAAGUUCGAAACGUUGAGUUCUCUAAUAUAAAGUUUAAGGAAGUGGAGAAUCCCAUCAUCAUUGAUCAGCACUACGGUGAAUCCAAAAAUUCACCCCGACAAAAGACGGAGUUUUAAUGAGUAAAAUAAAAGAAACAAGUUCAUAGUUGAGAAGUACUGACCAUUUUAGUUUAACAGAAAACUGGAAUUCAAAUAAUUGGAGUUCGCUAUCAUGAAUUAUCUGGGACGUCAAAGACAGAUAUGGCUAUGAAUUUUGAUUGUAGUGAGAAUGUGCCUUGCAAGAAUAUCAGCUUGAAGAAUAUUGAAUUAAGAACUGCAUCAUCAGUGCAAUCAGUGAGUUCAAACUGCAACAAUGCUUUUGGAUCGGCUGAAGGAAAGGUGGUGCCUAAGCCCUGUCUCCGAUGAAAUCCAAACAACAAAUUUAGAUUCUUCACAAUGCUUUUUUAAAAUAAUUAACACAGUGGGAGGAAAAGAAAGCUCCUUAAUUUCCUUAUUGUUUGUUAUAUGUUAGCAAAAUUUCUAA